GCUGCGAAGGCCUGACUGUGAUGACGUCCAGGCAGGAAGGGUGUGGUGUUGUUGGUUGCAGAGCACCUAAGGAAAGUAGACAGAGAACUUGCCAACCAAAAACGCUAGACUCUAAGAAUUACGGCAUGAAUGGUCUGAGGUAGUCGCGAGCAGACUUUGUGGCUUAUGAGGGGUUUUCAUGAAAAUGCAGAGAGCAACACAUGCUCUCAACCACAGCAUGCUUUGGGGGGACGUCGCCAAUACUUUCUCCGAUCUGGCCCACCUUCGCAUCAAAUGUGUCAAGCUCCUCGGGUGCUGCACUCCACCGCGGAUUUAGCCAAUUCGCUGUGCACGCUGAAUAAGAGCCUCAAGUCAGCUAGCGCGGGGGGUUCCGAACGGGAUCUGUCGGGGUAUGGACGGGAUAAAUUGUACCGGGCGGCCUCGCAGCAUCGAGUUUUGAGCAAUGAGUGGAUAUCAAGAGGGCCGGGGAGGAGCGAACCGACUUCGGACGGACCAGCGCGGUUAUGCGAUCCAAUGCAAUCGCGAUGCGGCUGCCAAGUCUCCGUUCUGUCGCCCUCUGCGCGGCUCAUAGAGGAGGACCUGAUUUGUCGUUUGAGUGAAUGUGUUAUACUUUCUUGAGUUGCCCAAAAAGAAUAAAAGGACAGCCGAAGAAAGAGGUUCCAAACAGACAAAAACCCAUUGACCAUCCAUGCCUGCCCCCAAAACGUGACAAGGAAAUUUGAAAUGUAGAAACGCUUCCCCCUUGAAAGCUCUCUUCGAUUGCCAUGACCACGCUGGCGCCGUCCCCG